GUGAACUUCUGCCACUCGCACGCCUGCUAAAAAGUCAGAAGAACGUUGCGCCCAAAAGAAGGCAGCCUUCUUUUAAAGGGACGGAAAAAAGGACACUCCUCCGGAAGGCGGGAAGGGAUUUGGAACAGAGGACGAGAGAGGGCCGGCUUGUCGGUUUCCACAAUCCCCUCCUGUUCCCUUCGCCUGCCUCUUCCAUUGGUCUGAGGUACCAGGAAGAAGCAGGCGGCGCCGUGCGAGGGGAAGGCCUCGUGCUGCCUAGGCCUCGCUCCGUCUCUCUAUUGGGCGACGCGGGAGGAGUGGCCGUGAGGUUGGUCCCAGGCCCGGGAAGUUGUUCCUCCGCCGCCCGCCCUUCCUCCCCCGGCCGCCGCGAUGUUACCGGGCCUGAAAUGCCGCGUCUGCACGCUCUUUCGCUGCCCGCGCGCGGCCGCGGCUGCCCUCCGCCGCGCUUACCAUGGGGACAAGGUGGCCACGGUGGGCUCUCAGCCCGACGUCGCCUCCCCGGUUUAUCAGGUAGGCCCAGGAGGAGCAGGGGAGGAGACCCGCUUCCUUUUGGUUUUUUCCUUUUAUUUUAAAGGAGGUUGAGGUAGUCCACACACGCGCGUCCCCGCGCGGAAGGGCUCCCAGGUGAGCUCGCGCGGGGUUCCUAGAUGCGCACCUUCGCUUGCUCGUACCUGACGCGGUCCUAGUUUAAAAAGCUUGCCCCUUUCCACGCAGGGAAAGACGGGGCUUGUGUGCCUUUUUGGCGGCUAGAAGCCUUCUUCUCAAUAUGGAGAACCAUAUCUAGCAAUUCGGAGUGUGUGUGUGUCUGUAGGUCCUAAAGGUAGUCCGAAUCAGCGUGGAAGCCUUGUCCCAUAGCUUCACACUUGGCAUUUUCUCUCACUUGGCAGCGCAACAGCUGCCACGCCUUCUUGCCACAUUAGCCUAGUUUGGCAGGGAGGUAGGCAGCGGUGUAGUGGGGCAGAAGCUCAUCCUUACAACUGCGAGCUAUCUAUAAGGUGGCUGUUCUAUUUCUCCAAAGAGCAGCACUAAGCAGCAUAAUCUCUCUCCCCCACCCCCAUUUUUAGAAGGCAAUAUGUUCUAGAGCAGUCACGUUGCGAACCCGAGAGGAUGCUUCAGAGAAACUAGAAUUUCAAAAUGGGUGUCACAUGCUCUGAUCUCCUUGACCCCACCAGCAAUCAAAUCAAAUAGCUUGAUGUAAGGGAGAAGCACUCCCUUCAGGAACUUGGGUCCCAAUUUGUUACCCCUUUUUACACUAACAUAAGCACCUUCCGUGCUGACAGCUUCUAGGAGCCACAGGUGAGAGCUGAGUGCAGGGUGGCGACCAAAGGUGGACACCCUACUCCAGAGGUACUACCUCUCAUCUAACACCCCAUACACUCACAGCUUUGGCUGACCAAACCAGGUGGAGGUAGCUGUUGGGUCUCAAACCUUACAUGAGUUAGGGUUUCACCUGCAUGCGAAAAUGGGCUCUGGUGGAUUGAGCAGACAAGACCAAUAGUGGUUCCAAGGGUUAAGAAGCCGGUUUUUGCAUGUGCUGCAGAGGGAAGUAAGGGACAGGUGGGUCUUGUCAACGCGAGAGAAGGAAAACUCUGAUUCUAAACCUCUGUAGACUUGUGGGAUAUGUUUAGGAGAAGAAAAGGCUAAAGCCCUGCACAAAUCUGGAGUACAAUCCCUAUGACAGUUGGAUGGUGCCUUGUACACUUCCUUCUGGCAACUCCUACAGCCAAGCUCGUGCCCAAUAUAUUGCUCUACUUUCCUUUGGACCACAUCAGUGAGGCCUAGAGAGCAGUCUUGUCAUCUGGGCAGCCCAGGGCUUCCAUACACACUGCCCAGACUUGUGCCCCAGGGAGGUCCCUUUGGUGCUGCUAAUGCAGCCGUUUGACUUCACCCCCGAGGGCACACUCCAUUGUCUCUCAAGACAGAUGGAUGCCAACAAGCACCAUAGGCAGCCAAUGAAAAGCCUUCCAAAUUGGUAUUAUAUGGCUUGGAUGUGUUGAACCAAGUAAGAAUCUUGUGGCUACAUUUUGCACUGACCGCAGCUUCUGGACUGCCUUCAAGGGUAAUUAUUGGCCUUUUGGAGCAUGUUGAAGACAUUUUUCCUUCGGUAGGCCAGGUUUUUAUCCCAGCUGGUAUCUGUGUUGGAUUUGAGUGGAUUUUAUAUAUGUGGCAUUGUUGUUUUAAAUUGCUAUUCACUCCCCCACCAAAAAAAUUGCUUUUAUAAAUGCAAAUGUUUCAACUGUUGCUCUCUCUAUAUUUCUAUUGUAUUAUAAAUCACUUAGGAUGCCACAUGUGAAGUAAUUCUUAAAUGAAAUAAAUCAUAACAACUAGUCUGACAUAGUAGGGUUUAGCAGCUAGUGGAUCUGGCACCUAGUUGAGCAUGGAAGGUUUUGUGGCUGUGGCAGUGUGGCUUGCUGGAAGUCCAUUUGGGACUUCCAUUCACUCCUUUGUAAUUAGUUGCUUGUUAGUGCUCUGCAGGAUCUCAUUGUGAGUCUUGAUUAGUUUUGGAUUUUCUUUUUAAAUUAUUUAAAAGGAAGUUUCAAGUGAAUGGCCAAGGCAAGCCAGAUGUAUCCAGUUAUGCUUAAUAAACAACUAUUCAUGGGUAUAUCUAGUAUAACAUUCAAGGAGCAAGAUGGCCCAUGUUGUUAGCUGUUGAACAGGUGUAACUAUUAUUAAUGAAGGUCAUAAUAUGUACACUUCGUUUCACCAGCAUGUGAGGUUCCUUCCAUGAGGUGCUGAUACUCUGAGCAAAUGUAAUAUGGCAAGAUACUGUGCAAACUCAGAAACGGUGCAGCGACAAUCAUGAGUUGCCCUUCUUGAUCUUUAUUGUUUGUUCAUUUCUGAAGAUUUAACAAGACAGGGUGGAAGAUAGUUUUCAAGCCAGGAUAGAUGGAAAAGUAGUUUGGUAAGACAGAAAGCGUAUGUGUUAGUUCAGGAAUCUAAAUUCAUUGAUGAGGUCACAGGGACAGAACUGGCAGCAGAUUCCUGUAAUGCACCAUUUGUUUUUCCUGUGUGUUAAUAAUUAUACAUUUAGUUUUCAUUGUCAAACUAAAGAGAAAAUAAUAAUGGAUUCAAUUACAUUUUGUUGUGGCUACAUGAAGUUCAUAGUUCUUUUCAGAUCCCAUUGUACAUGAUUCAUUAAAUACAAAGAUCCAGUUUGUAUAUAAUGCCAAACCAUGGCUUAUCCCUUGCAUGAAUCAAGCUUGGGCUUAGGCACCCUGAUUCCUUUGCUGACUUUUGGCUUUGGGCACAUCAUAGUUUUCUGUUACACAUCAACAAACUGUUUGCAUUUGCCCUUCAGAUCAUGGCUUCCAGUUCUCAUUUGGAGAGCAAGCAUGUCGUUUCCUGCUUUGGUUAUAACAGUAUACCAUGGCUUGCCAAUUCAGAUAUAACAGUAGGGAAUUGGCACAUGCAAGGAGAGGAAGGAAUUUGCGAGACUGAGGCUUCCUUAAGGGAGCUUUGGAUAGGCAAUUCUCAAACGGCAACCUAUGAUUCCCUAUAUCAAGCCAUAUUUGAAACUUGGGAGACUUCAAAAAACUGAGCAGAAAACUGACAUUUUAUUUUACAAAUGGGAGAAAGAACCAGAAAUCCCUCUAGGCAUGUAUAAGUCCUUGACUGCGGCCAAAGUAGAUCUCUGAAUCCAAACUAUAGUGGAUAAAACUAGAAGUAACUUAUGAAAAAGGAGACCGUUGCUGCUGUGUAGCUUCAGAUGAAAUAAAUAGUAUAAAAAGUUUCUUAUUCAUCCUAUUUUUAUCAUUCUGUAAGAGCAUUCUAACAUCAAUAGAGUGAUGGAAUGUAAAAUAUAAUUUAAGCAUAAGUAGUUCCUUUUUAAGGCUUGACAGGUAUGAAUAACUGAGGCAGAGACUAACCCAUGGUCAUUGUUCAGAAUGUAGGGUUUAUUUUAUACACUUAUACACUUUAUACCCCUCCCUCCACUGCUCUUCUUGUGACUAAACUGGCAUUACAAGCUUUUGUUUGUUGCCCACGAAAUGCCAUUAUUAUUAGUACAAAAGGGCAUGUUAACUUGAAUUGGCUGCAUGGAAAAUGCAGAAUAGUCAAAACUUAUAUUAUCAAAACAGAUUUCAUUGUCUUAGUUAUCCUUGACUUCGAUCCAGAGAGUUUCUUUUGGUACACAGAAGUGGGCGAACACAUUUACUUUUUUGUGUCAUUCAUGCUGGUUUGGGACAUCCUGCUGCAUUUGUCAGCCUGGCCCUCUUUCUUUCUUUCUUUCUUUCUUUCUUUCUUUCUUUCUUUCUGUUCAUCAUUAUUACCAUCUGUCUAUUCAUAUCCCACCUCUGCAAUAUUGUGGCCAAAGCAUCUCAUAGUUUAUCAAAUGGGCAAAUAAAAUGAAACAUAUGAACAAUACAAAAAAACACCUGGUGUCAGUAAGCAAGUACAUAAUAAAAAUCAGUGCAACUCUACAAAUAAAAUUGCCUAACUCAAGAGCAUAAACCUAGUUGGGAGCGAGAAUAAAACCUAACAUGGGAAUAACAACAGCAUAUAAGGCUAACUGGAUCUCAGUUCCACAAGGUAACAGGAUCUUCUCCAUAUUUAACCUGCACACCUUUGUUGGUAGCCUCACCUCUCACUUGAGACAGUCUUUCUCCUAGCGCUCAUUUGGCAUGUUCUCUCACUUCCCCAGCUCUGAUAUGGGGAAGUAAAGAUUAUCUUUCCUCCUUCAAGCCCCAUGUAUAUUCAAUCUUCUCCAGCCAGCAACUCUUCCAGGCAAGCUUUUUAAGGCACCACGGUUGUAGUGGUGGAAAAAAGCAGGUGGAAAUGCUCUGGCUCUUGAUUUUGGUCUCACCACUAAGCAGCUCUUCCGGCAAAGCUGUCAGGGCAGUUAAAGAAUAAGUAGAUAAUAUUUAUGGAUAAAAUAAAACAAAUAACAGCAUAUGUUCCUUAAAAAAUAAAUUAGAAAGCCUGGGAGAAUAAAAAUGUAGUUUUCUGACAGCUGAAAAAAUGGUUUGGCACCAGGUGAAUCCCCCUCUGAGAAGGCUUUCUUUUUGGUUGCUACCCGGAGGAGAGCCUUUGAAGAUGGCUUUAAUGCACAGUAAUUGACAGUGGUAUUUGGUGUGUGCGAACUUCUGAAACUCUGGGAUAAAUACACAAAAGAGAAACAAGUAUAAAGAAAAUGCAGUUAAUGGAUCAAUUGAAAUGUAUUUAAUAAGCCUUUAGUCAGCUUUAACAACAUGUUUUAGAAAAGUGGUUUAUAAACAUAAUUGUUCAAUAGUGAAGAAAAGGGGGUGGGAUUUAUUGUCUCUGGUUAAACAUUUUCAUAAGUUAACCUGUUGAAACAUUCUCCACCAGGAAAACUAUGAACGGAUGAAGGCAUUAGUAACAGAACUCCAACAGCAAUCUGAAAAAAUCAGGUUUGGUAUGUCCUGUUUUUCUCCUAUUAGAGCAUCGUAUAAUUGGAAACUGGUUGUAUUUGGCCUUCAGUAUCAGAAGGUCGGCGAUUCGAAUCCCCGCAACGGGGUGAACUCCCUUUGCUCGGUCCCUGCUCCUGCCAACCUAGCAGUUCGAAAGCACAUCAAAGUGCAAGUAGAUAAAUAGGUACUGCUCCGGCGGGAAGGUAAACAGCGUUUCCGUGCACUGCUCUGGUUCGCCAGAAGCAGCUUAGUCAUGCUGGCCACAUGACCCGGAAGCUGUAUGCCGGCUCCCUCGGCCAAUAAAGCGAGAUGAGUGUCGCAUCCCCAGAGUCGGCCACGACUGGACCUAAUGGUCAGGGGUCCCUUUACCUUUACCAUGAUAAAAUGUCAUUGCUUUAGGACUUAAUAGAAAAAGACAGAAAUAGUAUCAUUUAACAGUUGUUUAGCAUCAGUGUAAUAUAUUACAAAUACAAGUAACAGAAGUUUAUGAAAAUAAUGCAUCUUUUAUUAAUGUCUUUGAUUAUAAAAUAGUAUUGAUUAUUGCUAAAGGGCGUGAGCUAUUUGUUCAGCUCCGUGCACAAGGAAUAAUAAAAGAUCUUGCAUGACAGGUGGUGGAGAGAAGGCACGGAAGCUUCACACAUCAAGAGGAAAAUUGUUACCUAGAGAAAGAAUUGACAGACUCAUAGAUCCUGGGUGGGUACUUCCGUCUUCAUUAUUAAUAUUUUAAUGUACAGGAUGUUUAAGUUAGCAGAUUGCUUUGUUUCCAAGAUUUUAACGUCAUGGUAAACCAUUUCAGAUUGUAUUAGAAUUUAGUCAUUUGGAAAUACAAAUAUUGUGUACUUAUGUUGUUUUGGUAGCUAUCAUUAAGCAGGGUCUAUAAACUAUGUCUGUGCUUGGUAACCAGCUGUGAAGUCAGUACUAUCGUGAUUGUUGUUCUUGUUAGCAUCUGUCAGUCUUGGGAGACAAUGGAAGAGUGCGCCUUCGGGGGUAAAGUCACACCGUUGGAGGGUUACAGUGCCUGCUGUAGAUAGCACAAUAAUAUUAUAUUAAUUUAUCAACAUUUAAAAGCAAGUAAACUGAGCCUAAGCUCUGGGGAAAUGGAGGCACUGUGCAUUGGUGGCUCCUGUGUCUGGGAGAUUAGCUGUUUGUCUGUUCUGGAUGGGGUUGCACUUCCUCUGAAAGAACAGGUACUUGGAGUUCAGGGUUGCUCCUGGAAUCGUCUUUGUCUCUGGCGGCUCAAGUAGCCUCAGUGGCUAGGAGUGUCUUUUACCAGCUAUUGUUGGUAUGCUCACUACGGCUGUCCUUGAGCAGGGAUAAUCUAGCCACAGUGAUUCAUGCAUUGGUAACUGCAAGACUCAGUUACUGCAAUCUGCUCUUCAGCCCAGUCUGGAGGCUCCAGCUCAGGCAUAGGCAAACUCCGGCCCUCCAGAUGUUUGGGACUACAAUUCCCAUCAUCCCUGACCUCUGGUCCUGUGAGCUAGGGAUGAUGGGAACUGUAGUCCCAAACAUCUGGAGGGCCGGAGUUUGCCUGUGCCUGCUCCAGCUAGUGCAAAAUGCUGCAACUUAGAAUGUUGAUGCUGGCAGACAAUUGCCAAUACAGUGGUACGUCGGGUUAAGUACUUAAUUCAUUCCGGGGGUCCGUUCUUAACCUGAAACUGUUCUUAACCUGAAGCACCACUUUAGCUAAUGGGGCCUCCUGCUGCUGCCGCGCCGCCGGAGCAAGAUUUCUGUUCUCAUCCUGAAGCAAAGUUCUUAACCCGAGGUACUAUUUCUGGGUUAGCGGAGUCUGUAACCUGAAGCGUAUGUAACCCGAGGUACCACUGUAUAUGACUCCAGUGCUCAAAAACCUUGUGCUGCCUUCUCAUCCACUACUGGACUCAGUUCAAAGUUCUUAAAUUAAUUUACAUGGCCCGUAGCCGCCUGGGUCCGGGAUGGGGCUUUACUUGUGGCCUUGCCCCAUAUAUACCCACUUGACAGCUUCAGUCUGCAGAACUGGCACUGUUACAGGUGCUACAUAAUACUCAUUCUACUGUUGUAAGAAAUUUAUCUUAGUGUGGCAGCACCCACACUUUGGAACUCCCUACCUAUUAACACCAGGCCUAUUAACAAUAUGCUUAUUUUAAUUUUCUAAAAAAUAUAAUGACAAAAUAUGGCCAGUUCUUCAGGGAGCCCUGUGAAAAUUUAAAGAAUGAACUUAUUUCUAGCAUGAGUUUUUAUAUGCCAGGGUAGACAGUUCGGUGCCUCCAGAUACUGUUGGACUACAACUCCCAUCAUCCUUGACCAUUGGUUAUGUUGGCUUGGGCUGAUGGGAUAUGUAGUCCAGCAAAAUCUGCAUGGUACCACAUUGCUUACCAUUGCUAUAGAAUUUAUGUCUCAGCUUCAGUUUUUUUCCUAACCUGGCAAAUUGUUUGCUCCUCUAACAGCUUCCAUGAAAAUUAUCUGACCCAAUUCAUGGUAUCAUAAGCAAAUACCACUUUUCUGUGAGAUAACUCAAAAUUUGGCAAGCUGUAAAGCUUACUUUAUAUGUUGUGUGAGAAUGGAAAGGUGGAACAAAAAUUCCAAAUAAGUAAUACACAUAAUUAAAAUAUGUUUUUGGAGCCAAUCUAUGAGCUUGAAAAGUUACCUACCUAAAAUGCUUCAUAUGACUUAUGUGCCUGAGAUUUCUAAAAAAAUCUUUUCCCAGGUCUCCGUUCCUGGAGUUCUCCCAGUUUGCAGGUUACCAGUUGUAUGGCGAUGAAGAGGUACCAGCAGGUGGCAUCAUUACAGGCAUCGGACGGGUGUCAGGGUGAGAACUGUUACUAUCUGUGCUUUUUGUGGGUUGCAACUCUGGCUUUCUGACAGUUUGCAAAAUGUCAGAAAACAAUCUCAAGAGAUCACAAUUCAUAGGUCUUUUUAUUUUCCAGAAUUACUGUGUUACUGUGUAAUAAGAGCUGUUUCUGAAGAUUCAUUAGCAGCAUAUCAGAUGCAGCAAUGUCACCUUCAGUUUAAGUGUAAUAGAUGUUUGUGUAACACUCUCUGUCAUGAUACAGGACUAAUGGAAACUUUUUAUCAGAUAUGAUUGGCAUUGGAUACCUAAGUGUGUUUAUUUGGAUGAAAGCUUGUGGAUUUCAGUCUUGUUAGGAUUAAGGCUAGCAAUUCUCUUACUCAACUGGGAAAGAUUUAGUCGCUGAAAAUCAUUUGUGUUUCAGAGUGGAAUGUUUGAUUAUUGCAAAUGAUGCAACUGUCAAAGGUGGAACAUACUAUCCAAUCACUGUAAAGAAGCACCUGCGUGCUCAAGAAAUCGCAAUGCAGAAUCAUCUCCCUUGUCUAUAUUUAGGUAAGUUCUCUUGCAAACACUAUUAUUAACUGAUAUGUUAAGGUUGGAGGCAGGCUAUAUUUUUAAGAGUAGGCUGUCAAUGACAAUUUUUUUUUUACCCUUCUAGUGGUUGGGCUGUGGAGCCAUAGUGCUUUUACUCACCAAAAUGUGGUUAAGGAAGCUCAGUUAUGGUUUGGCUUGGUGUAAGAAUUGACAAAACAUCAGCUGGCAAUUCUGAAUAGGAAACUCUUGUUUGAAGUGGGUUUGGAAAUCGAGGUUUGCUCUAACAAAUGUUUGGCAUUAUGUCUGAUUUGGCAACCAUACUUAUAUUCAUCAAAGGCUGCUACACCAUGGAUGAUGGGAAUGAAUUUCUCAAGCUGCAUGCUGAAGACAGAAAACAAAUGCACACUAGUAGCUUUAAACUGUAGUUUGUCUGUUGUAUGUCUGUUUAUUUUUCUUUUAUCCCACCUUUUCUCGCAAGAGAGCCCGAUGCAGUUAACAACUUUCAUGAACACCACUCACAGUUUUUUAUACCAUAAUCUAUAAUGGGUGCAAACUAAGCUUAGAUUUGGUGCUUAAAUUAAGCCUCUGUGUGUGCGUCCUUCUUGGAAACGGCAAACUUUUUGUACACAUUACAUACUGUUUAAACAAUUCAGAGCAGUACAGUGGAGCAAAGUAUCGAGCACAAAUAUCAAAUUGCAAAUCAGGCUGUACGUUUCUAAUGCUUCAUCUAAGCAUCCAACAAGGCUAGGCUUUAAGCAACUGUUGUCCAGAGUAAAGCUGCCUGUUUUUCCUUUUUCAGGUGCUGGAGCCCACCCUGUUCUUCCCUUCAGUGGCACUUGCUUAGAUAAAGGGCUGUAGACUGGAGGCAAGCACAACCUUUCGUCCAAGCAAUUGUCAUAUAAGGGUUCUGGCUUGCAGUGACAGUGGCUGAUUAAAGACUUUGGACAGGGGAAGAAAGCAAAUGCCUUUUCUUGCCUCAAACAUCUAUAAUUUGUCAGUGUCCUCCUCACAGGGAAUAAUGGUUUCUAGUAAUGUUUAGAUAAAUACGUUAUUUAUCAAUGUUCAAUCUUUAUUUUAACUUAGUUGACUCUGGAGGUGCAAACUUACCACGCCAGGCAGAAGUCUUUCCCGAUCGUGAUCAUUUUGGUAGAAUUUUCUAUAACCAAGCACGCAUGUCUUCACAAAGAAUUCCACAGGUAACUUUAUUUGAGAAUAAAAGCAGGAAUAUAAUUAAGCUGGAUUGUAAAGGUAACUAUAUAGGCAGUGACAUGCAUCAUAUGGAAUUGAGUACUAAAUAAUUUUCAGUUACAAUGGAAAAUGUCAAUUAAAAGUCAUCCUUGCUAUUUAGGACACUCAUGAAUUUCUUAUCUCAGUUUAUCACAUUAGUGUUUGUCUCUUGUGUGUAUUUGGAAUUGACAAGAAAACUGUCUCAGGUUUGUUUUGUUAAACCCAGACCUCUUUGCUUUUCCUUUGUUUUAUUUCAAAGGGGCAUUUUUUUCUUCUUCUUUUAUUCAUGUGCUGUUGAAAACACAUAGCAGUGGGUAGAAUUAUUUUACACAACUGGUUAAAAGAAACUGUUUUGACCGUAUCUGAUCUUAUGCUUGGAAGCAGAGGAACAACAGCAGGAAGCAAUUUGCUAGCACUUGACCUAUAUGGCUUUACCCCACUCCAUCACCAUUCAACUGGAACAGCUUUGAGUGUGUACUGAUGUACGUCAAAACGGGAAUUGGCAUUCUCCUCCCCACUUCUGCACAUCAUUCUUUUACCUUUUGCACUGCAAUCAAAAUACGUACUUGCCUCUUUGAACACUGAUUUAGUUGUUCACUUGGUCCUUCCAAAUCUUUAGGAAGACUGUCUCCUUUUUAAAAAAAAGUUCAAAAUACUUCAUUUGGAACUUUUUGAGAGAGAGAGAAAUCAUUUUUUUCUUUUUAAAGCUGCAAAAGUUUGCUGGGCAGAAGGGUGAUGAUGGAUUCAUGAUACCACAGGUCCCAGCCAGUUAGUACUAUGCACUGUUGACUGUUUCUGCAAGCUGGUCAAUUGGGUUUUCCUUGUAUUUGAGCCUGGAAAGAGAAAGGUUUGUCUGACCGCAAGAUGACGAGCCUUCUUAAGAGUGCAGUGACCCCCCGAAUAGCUCUCUGUGUUUUGGAUUCCCUCUUUCACUGCUCUCCCACUGCCGAGUGGCUGUCUGUCUUAAUUCUUUCAAAGUGGGAAUCUAAUAAACUAGAGGAUGUUUUCCCCAGUGUAAAAUUAAUAGUAUGUAAAUCCGUGAGUAAAUAGAUGCCCCUUACACAUUUAGGGGCUUUGUGUUUUUCUUGGACGAUUGAUAAAUAUAUUUGUCUGACCCACCGGCAUAACAGGCAAACCUUUAUAAAUAAAUAAAUAGACAGAUAGAUAGAUAGAUAGAUAGAUAGAUAGAUAGAUAAAUUGGAUUCUCUCUUUUUUAAAUGUGACAACCCUACCCACCAGGAUAACAGCUAUCAGGUUAUACAUUAAAAUAAAUGAUUUUUAUUAAUUCAUACAAAUUACUUACAUGUCUAGCAUAUAAUAUCCUGGAGACAGCACAAAAGUUAUUUUAUCCAUCACAGACGGUCAUUCCCAGGAAAGAAUAUAGUUCAACUGUACUGUUCAGCAUAGUCAUAUCUACAAAGAUGCUUGGGAGAGUUUGUAUUGAAGACCAGUUUAAUUUGUAUAUUGAAUAAAUGAGCACCAUAUUGCACGAAAUUUGUCCAGUUUUUCUGUUCCUUUUAUCACUAAGUUGUGAGUUAUUUUCUCAGUGACAGCCAGUCACCAUACAUGUUUAUACCUUAAGUCCAGGAUAGUCUCUGUAUGGCCUUCCAGGUUUGACCUAUAGAUAACCAAGUGGCCACUAAAAGAAUAGUCAAUAAAUAUUUAGUUUUUAUAGCAACAUUCAAGGCCUUGAAAGAGGGAUAGUAAACACAAUUGGGGCUUAAAAUCCAUGGCUGCCUGAAUUACGUUGGAUGCUUCUGAGUCCCCCAAAUACCUGUAUUACCAGGCAACCCUGCUGCUAGUGAUAAUAAGUCUCCUUACUAUCACAUCGCCACCAGCAUCAUGGUUGGACUGUAGGUGAUAUAUGGGUAUCCACUACCACCUGCAUACCACUUUUAAAGUAUUUUCUAAUAUGUGCAGAAGCAGAUUUUGCUGAGACCAAGGCCCAUCACAUCUGUUUCCCAAACCAUUUUUCAAACCAAUCAAGGCCCUCAUUUGGUUGUUGAUUAUCGUGUUAUAUAUAAGAAGCGAGGCCUUUACAGCCACAAGAAAAUAAUUUCAUCAAACCAUGUCAUAGUCCUAGAGGCAUGUAAUUUAAUGAUUGGGUUUCAGAUAAUAUCACAAAAUCAAUGUAAUUGCUGCCCCCACCCUCCAGCUCUGUUACCUAUAUCUACCCUAAGUUGUUCUUGUGGAAUUAGAUUUCUGUUUUGAAAGAAAUAUAAUCCUGCCUUUUUCUCAAACUAAGAAAAAAAAAUCCCUCAUAAACGUCUUAAUGAUUUGAAUAGUUGCCUGUAACACUUUCUCCUGUGCCUUCAGUGUUCAUAAUGGGCAUAAAGGGGGCCUUUUCAGUCAAUGAUGAUGCCUAAUUUACCCUCGAUUUUGCAUAGUGCAUUUUCUUUCAAUAAAUGCCCACUGAGACAGCAAGGGCGGAAGGUUAUAUCCUUUCAUUUCUCUUGCUUGCUUUCUCAAGCUCUUUCUAUGCUUUUAUGGCAAUACUAAUUUGGUGAAAAUGUCAUGCUUUGCGCUUCCUAUUUAGAGGUCUGAGUGCACCAGUUGGGACAAUAUUCCUCUCUUACAUUGCAGGAAUGAAUCUUUAAAGAAAGAGAGACUCUGGGAAGGGUUAAUAUUACUGUUCUAUAGAACGCUGCCUGGAAAGACCCCUUGGAGGGGAGUGUUGGACACCACUUGCCAAGGUUGCUUUCUCUGCGUGCUGAGCAGUUGGAGGUUGAGGGCAGAGGCUGGUCUUUGUGCCUACAGGCUGUUGAAGCUCCAUCUGUCCAACAGGUGCAGAGUAAAAGAGAGAGAGAGAGAGAGAGAGAGAGAGAGAGAGAGAGGAUAGCAGAGAAAGCUAACAGCUCUGGCUCCACCCAAUAUCUACUGUGGCCCCCAAACGGGUUUUAUAUGACCUUCCAUAUAAAAAAGGUUUUCCAGUCUGGUUUUAGAAAGAAACAGAUGAAUAAUAUUUUUUUCCUGCAAUACAGGAGAUUGUGCUGAUCACUUUUAUAUGUUCAGAGGCAGCAAGACAGCAUUCAGAGUGCUGCAGUGGUCCCUUUCAGUCCAAAGAACUAUGGGGAGCUGUACCAACCAAGAAAGGUUCAUUGAUGCACGCUGUUGAUACAUUCCAGACUUUAAAGUGACGUGCUCCUCCUUUGCACCUGGUAACCUUACACAGCAGCAUCAGCAGCUUGCAUAAUUUAUAGAUCCAAUUGACAGAACUAAAGAGAAUUAUUCCUCUUCUGAUCAGCAUACAGUCUAGAUGUAAAUAAAUAUGAGCCCGUUGCUGCACGUAAAGUUGCAAGACUACAAGGAAAUGAAGUUGCCUGUAGGUGAGUAUACAGUGGUACCUCGGGUUAAGUACUUAAUUCGUUCCGGAGGUCCGUACUUAACCUGAACUGUUCUUAACCUGAAGUACCACUUUAGCUAAUGGGGCCUCCUGCUGCUGCUGUGCCGCUGGAGCACGAUUUCUGUUCUCAUCCUGAAGCAAAGUUCUUAACCUGAAGCAUUAUUUCUGGGUUAGCAGAGUCUGUAACCUGAAGCGUAUGUAACCUAAAGCGUAGGUAACCCGAGGUACCACUGUAUUUUUUUCUGUUGAAAACUGUGUUUCUGUUUGUUUUCUCAGAUAGCCGUGGUUAUGGGUUCAUGUACAGCAGGAGGAGCCUAUGUCCCUGCAAUGGCUGAUGAAAGUAUAAUAGUUGGCAAGCAAGGGACUAUUUUUUUGGGAGGUCCUCCAUUGGUGAGUGCAUGGUUUUGAACGGAUUUUGUAGGAUUUCCUGCUUUUGUUAUAACAUAUAACUGUGUCACAGGCUUCUAUGAAGAAAUGGGGUCACACCAAAAACAAUAUAUGCCCUAGCUGUAUCCCAGAUAGUUGAGGAAAAUGUCUGAGAUAAUAUGUGUUCUGUCAUCCAGCUACUUUCCUUCCUGUAUCCUUUUCAAUGUGAUGUAAACUAUUAUUUCCUUAACUAUAUCCAAUUCUGCUUUUUAAUUAUAAACAUCCAUUUUCCAAUAUUUCGUCAGUCCUUAAUUAAAAACAUAGCUAACACAUUAAAGGGGAAACAUGAUACGGAACUUUUAGAAGUUUGGAAAUUUGUAGUUGUUGAAAUAUAUUUCAGUAAAAAGUGGCAGCCACUACCUAGAUUUCUUUUACAUACCAAGAUGAUGUGGUGUCAAAGCUGAAACAUGCACAUUUCAUUGCUUAGCUUACAGGGAUAAUGGCUUCAGCGUGGGAAGUGUUUUCCUGGGUCAGGAAUAGUGUUCUGGUACAAAAGUAAUCAGCAGAAGCAGACACAGAAAAUCAAUAGGAAUUGUUGGAUGACGAAACACUGCCAUUUAGCCCUAAUUAAUUUGUUACUUAAUUUCCUGCUUGAAUUUUCGGCACUGAUUAUAUCACUUUAGAAAAAUGGAACAGACUCAGAGCUUAUUGAUUAGUUUUAAGUGUAAAAUCUUUUUUUUGAAACAAAUGGUUUUUUAAAAAAACAGGUAGCUUUGAGGCUGCUCAGUUGAAUGGAAAUGGAGAUUUGAGGCAGGCAGGCUCUGCUUAGCAUCAGAUAAUAUUAAAAUUACGUUUUGGGGAAAUGAUUCUAUAUUUGUCUUCAAGGAUUGGCCACUCCUAGCUGCAGCACAAAUUCCUUACUCUUGUGCUGGAUCCAGCACAAAAUCCCUCACUCUUACAUUUAAAUUUAUUCAUGCCCCAUGACCCACUCCUUCAGCUACACCUCCCACAAUCAUUAAAAAAGUCUCCAGCUCCCUUAAACAACUCUGCAGUUUCUCCUUGCUUCCCCUUAUGCCUGGAGCUCUCUCCCAUGCAACACUGCCUCUCCCCCAUUUUCUGUGUCUUCUUUGGCACACUCUUUCAGUCUUCUCUCCUGAUGUUCUUGUUGUUUAGUAGUCGUUUAGUCGUGUCCGACUCUUCGUGACCCCAUGGACCAGAGCACGCCAGGCACUCCUGUCUUCCACUGCCUCCCGCAGUUUGGUCAAAUUCAUGCUGGUAGCUUCAAGAACACUGCCCAACCAUCUCGUCCUCUGUCGUCCCCUUCUCCUUGUGCCCUCCAUCUUUCCCAACAUCAGGGUCUUUUCCAGGGAGUCUUCUCUUCUCAUGAGGUGGCCAAAGUAUUGGAGCCUCAGCUUCAGGAUCUGUCCUUCCAGUGAGCACUCAGGGCUGAUUUCCUUCAGAAUGGAUAGGUUUGAUCAGCCUUCUUUAUGGUCCAGCUCUCACUUCCAUACAUCACUACUGGGAAAACCAUAGCUUUAACUAUACCGACCUUUGUCUCCUGAUAUGAUCACCCUUAAAUCUGUUCCGGAACUGAACACAUGUUCUUCCAAUUUUACUGUUUAACUUUGGAUAAGAUCCUGGAAGUCUUUAUAAAGUGACAUACAUAUUAAUAGUGCUUCUUAAAUAAUCAUAAUAAUGAUUUUAUGUUACUUGGUUAUAUUUUUAUGGCAUUUAAUACUCUACUCAAUCAGCUAUGUCCACUGGGCAUAGUGCAAAGUGCUCCAUCCCGUCUUCCCUUUCCAGCUUGAGUUCCUUCUCUUUUCUUUCCAGCAUUAGCAUUAUGUAGCAGUACGUCUGAAGCAAGGUUAACACAAACCAACUGUGUAGACCACUGUUUAUUACUAGGUUCAAACCUUGGUUUAUAUGGGCCAAAGUAGUGAACUUAAGAGAUUCUUGGAUGAGAGGUGGGGGAAGUAACAGGCAGGGUCCAAAGCCUGAAAAUUUCAAAGGUUAUUGUGGUUAACUUUUAAAAAAACACAUAAUUGCAUUGCUGCUUAUCUUUGGAAGCUAUUUUGGAAGCCUUUUCAGCUAUGGGCUAAAAUUGCUUUAAAUAUACAAAUAGCAUCCCUAGUUCUAUGAACUUCUGUGCUGAGACUUUGUUUUUGUACUUUAGGUUAGUUUUUUUUAUAUAAUAUAUUUUUAUUGGUUUUCAAAUAUAAAAACAAAUUUAUACAUUCCAUACAUCUUAAUUACAUCUUACUUCUCUUUUUUGACUUCCCUCAGUUUGUCUGAAAUUCCUUCCCUUUAUUACUUUUUACACAUUUCUGCCAUUUUAACCAUUUCCCCUCACAGAGCUUCCUUAAAACUUACAAACGUAAUUUGAUUAUCACUCAGUUUUUGCAUAUAUUGGGUAAACAUUUCCCAAUCUUCUGUAAAUCUUUGAUCUCGUCGAUUCAGGAUCCUUCCUGUCAUUCUGUCCAAUUCUGCAUAGUCCAUCAUUUUAGUUCUCCAUUCUUCUAUCGUAGGUAAUUCUUCCUGUUUCCAUUUCUGGGCCAUCAAUAUUCUUGCUGCUGUCACUGCAUAUAAAAAUAACUUCUUUUCUUUCUUAUUUAUCUCAUUACCUGUAAUGCCUGGUAAAAAUGCUUCUGGUUUCUUAACAAAUGUAUAUUUCAACAUUUUCUUCAAUUCAUUAUAAAUCAUUUCCCAAAAGCAUUUUACCUUCUUACAUUCCCACCACAUAUGAUAAAAAGUGCCUUCUUUUUCUUUACAUUUCCAACAUUUGUUACUUGUCUUAUACAUUUUUGCUAACUUCACAGGUGUUACAUACCAUCGAUACAUCACUUUCAUAACAUUUUCUUUUAUAAAUGUACAUGCAGUGAAUCUUAAACCUUUUUUCCAGAGUCUUUCCCAAUCCUCCAUUUGUAUAUUAUGCCCUAUAUCUUUGGCCCAAUCAAUCAUAACUGAUUUUACCUCCUCAUCCUUCGUACACCAUUCCAAUAAUAUCUUAUACAUUUUUGCUAAAAUCUCAUAAUCAUUAUUCAGUAUUUCUGUUUGAAAUUUUGAUUCUUUGUCAGCGAAACCCGUCUGAUUUAAAUCUUUUCUGAACAUCUCAUUAAUUUGAAAAAAAUGCAGCCAGUCAUUCACAUAAUCCUUAACUUCUUCAAAUGAUCUCAUUUUCCAUUUUCCUUCGCUUUUACACAUUAACUUCUCAUAUGUCACCCAACCCCCUGUCAUAUUGACUUUCUUCACACUCAUCGCCUCCAACGGCGACAACCAAUAUGGAGUUUUUUGUUCCAACAAGUUUUUAUAUCUUUCCCACACUUCAAUCAGAGACCUUCUUAUAAUGUGAUUUUCAAAACCUUUAUGUACCCGUUUCUUGUCAUACCACAAAUACGCGUGCCACCCAAAUCUAUUAUCAAAACCUUCAACACAUCCGUGUCUUCUAAUUUCAUCCAUUCCUUCAACCAACAGAGGCAAGAUGCUUCAUAAUACAAUUUCAAGUCUGGCAGGGCGAAGCCUCCUCUUUCUUUAGCGUCUGUCAAUAUCUUAAAUGUUUUUGUACUUUAGGUUAAAGCAGCAACAGGGGAGGAGGUAUCAGCAGAAGAUCUUGGUGGUGCUGAUCUUCACUGCAGGUAAGACGAAACACUCUCCUCCACCUUCAGUACAUUUUAAUGGAACGUGCCAUAAAUUAUGUUGCUUUGAACUGUUGUUGCAUUCACCUUGCUUUAAAUAAUGGUGGGCUCUUCUGCUAUCAAUGGAUAUUACCACUAAAUGCUUGCCCUUUAUUUCUCAAGUUCCCUUUGUGUUUGGGUUCUAUGGCAUGUCAUUCCCUGCCCCCCUCCCAAAAGUAUUUCACCAUUGAAUAGUAAAUAAAAAUAUAUUGCAUAAUAACAUGCCAUGGUCUUGUAUUUUAAAUCUGUACAGAAAAUCUGGUGUAACUGAUCACUAUGCUUUGGAUGAUAACCAUGCUCUCCAUUUAGCAAGGAAAGUGGUGAGGAGUUUGAAUUACCAGAAGAAAGUAGACGUGAGUAUGUUUUGUUUAGUUUCCUUUGAAGCGAUGUAUGAAAUAGAAUACUUAGAAUGUGGCUUUGGUAGCAGUGCUGUGCAUUUAAAGUUUCCAUUUGCACUGUGGCCUGUUGCAAACAUAAGACAGCUGGUUUUUUAAUCAUGGUUAGAUUGAGAGUGGACUGCAAGCUCAUGUGUUCCCUCUCUUUUCCCAUUUGGAUUCUACCCAUCCUCCCUUGUUAACACUAUCCCUGGAGCAGUGUGUUAUCAGUACGGUCACUAGCCAGGUUUACGCUGAUGCAAACACUUGAGCCUGAGUUGGUUAUAGAGAGAGACUCUGGAAGCCUGUAGGAAAAUAUUGAUGAAUGUUUUGAUUAAUUUGUGUGUUUUUCCCCCCCUUUAAAUUAUUGCAGGUGACAAUAGAACCAUCGGAAGAACCUUUGUUUCCUCCUGAUGAACUUUAUGGGAUAGUUGGAGAGCAGCUUAAAAGAAAUUUUGAUGUUAGAGAGGUAUAAAUAUGAAAUAUUGCUGAUUGUCUAUUUUGUAUUGUUUUAAAUGUAUCUGCUGCUUCAUUGUUUUUUGUUUGCUAUUUUUAUUGUACAUCACCUUGAGACAAUUGUGAAGAAGGUGACUGAUGACGGCGAUGAUAACAACUACUUUCUAUAAUAAUCGGGCUUUCAAUUUCAAACACGUUCAGCCUAGUGUGUUCCUUCAGCUGGUAGUAAUGAAGCCCAGUUACUUGGAAUUUAAUAUCAAUCUAAUACAAAAGAGAAUGUGAUCUUAAAAAUAUUAUCUGUUGUAACGAAGAAUGAACUAAUAAUGUGUGUCUUGUUUGUUUUUCUACUUAAGGUCAUUGCUAGACUUGUGGAUGGAAGUAAAUUCGAUGAAUUUAAAGCCUUAUAUGGGGAUACCUUAAUCACAGGUAUUAUUUUUAGGUGAUUAGAAAUCAAAUUUCCUGCUACACAUUUCAGAAAGUAGUUGUUUGCUAUGGACUCGGACACUUCUUAUGAUAUCAGAACCAAAUUUGCAUAAUGGUUAAUGAGAUCAGGGAGCAGAUGCCAUUUUGAAUCAAGAUGGUGAACUGAACCUUUCAAAACUGCACCUAUUUCCCCCACUUAUUUCAAAACUGAACUGAUUUUUUGUUUUUUAUUUACAAUUCAUGAGGAACGCCAGGUAUGAAGCUGCUACUAUUUAAUAUGUUGGAAUAUGGGUAUGUUUGCCUUUUAAAAACACUUUGUAAGAGCUUGCGGAAAAUUAACAAUUCAUAUAAUUUAUAUGGAAGAAUUGUGGCUGCAGGCCUAAAACUCUUAUUCUUAGAAUACUGAUUUCAUUCAAAAGGUGUUGAAAUGUUUUAUGCUAGUAGACUUUCAUUGUGAGAUACAUGUGCAGUUUUCUCUUAUUCUCAUUCCCCCCUCUAGGAUUUGCUCGGAUAUUUGGUUAUCCGGUAGGAAUAAUUGGAAACAAUGGUGUCCUUUUUUCAGAAUCUGCAAAGAAGGCAAGUAUAAUAUACGUUACGUUAUUGAAGCUCUGCCUUCCAGAUUUUCAUUAUUGCUGAGAACAAAGCAAACACCAUAGACUACAUUCAUAGCGGGUAAUUAAUUACCUUUUUGGUGGUUACUUAUGACUAUAAGAAGCAUAACCAAGUCUAAAAAAUAAAAUAAUUUCAUGUUUACAUUUUCUUACAUUUUCUGGCAGGGAUGGGGAACCUGUAGCCUUCCAGAUAUUGCUGGACUGGAACUCCAAUUAUCCUGUUUUGUGUUGGCUGGGGAAUUGUGGUCUGGGACAUCUUCAUGGCCACAGGCUCCCCAUCCCUGUUUUAAGGAAAUAUAAUUACUCUUGCUGAUUUUAGUUGUAAAUACAGUGGUACCUCAGGUUAAGUACUUAAUUUGUUCCGGAGGUCUGUACUUAACCUGAAACUGUUCUUAACCUGAAGCAUCACUUUAGCUAAUGGGGUGCCUCCUGCUGCUGCCGCGCCGCUGGAGCACGAUUUCUGUUCUUAUGCUGAAGCAAAGUUCUUAACCUGAAGCACUAUUUCUGGGUUAGCAGAGUGUGUAACCUGAAGCGUAUGUAACCUGAAGCAUAUGUAACCCAAGGUACCACUGUAUGCCCAACAGGAAGAAACACUUACAAGGCAUUCUGUCAUAGUUUUAUUGUCUAAUAGUGUGUGUGUGUAAUAAUACUGACAUACAUUUCAGUGUUGUUGUAAGGGUUACAACUAGAUAGUGCACGUGAAACAUUUUGAACAUUUGUACAGAUGCUAAGUAUUAUUAUUAACAAAGUUACGAAAGCUUUUUCUCAAGACCUGCCACGCUGCAACCUGCUAUUUUGUCACUCUUAAUGGCAGUGAUCUAACAUACUAUUUCUAGCAUUCAGUACCAUAGCAAACUUGUUUCCUCAGUUAUUACCACCUACCAUUUAUCACAUCCUUAUGUGUUGAAACUUGCUUCAAAUCUAUUUUAGCAGUUAUUGGGGAAUGAGUAACUUCUUCAUGAAUCAGCUGUUUACGAAGAUAAGUAACACUAAUUGGGAAAAGUUGUUUUAUUCUGAAGCAAUUUGAGAGUAUUACUACAGUUAGAAAAAAUAACAGACAAGCUGAUACUCAGGUAUAUGGUCAUUUCCAAUGGAGGGAAUUGGGAAAGUGCAAUUAUGUGUUUGAAUGUUUGUUUUUUUAAUUAGAUAAGCAUUAUAUUUCAUGUAAAAGAUUGUGAUUUUGUUAUAUACAUACAUACACAUAUAUAUUUAUAGCAACUUGAUAAAACAUUGCCAUGGAAGCACCUAUUGGUUUUAACAAUAGAUGGGAUUGAAGAUAAGCUGUUCAACAAUUAAUUGCCAGUAGGUUCCUUUACCUUUUAGAUAAACUACCUUUUUACUGUCUUUACAGGGCACCCAUUUUAUUCAGCUUUGUUGUCAGAGAAAUAUUCCCAUUGUAUUUCUGCAAAACAUCACAGGUCUGUGACUCAUUAUGAUUUAUGUAGCUGAAUUUCAGGGGAAAUAAAUUAUUUGGAGCUGCAGAUUCAUUUCAUAGCCCCCAGGCAACUAAAUACGUAGUAGUAAUAAAUAUAUUCCUAUCCAUUAUUUAUAACCUUUAUUUGUUUUUUUUAAGAGGGCUGUAGAGCUGACAUUAAGUAAAGUGUUAUUAAAGUGUCUUAAAAUUUAAGCAGUAUAUAAUGACUGAAAUUAAGAACAAGAAACCGUGUCCUGAAGGUGUACAAUCAGCAAUGACUGUUAUCUUAAAGUAAGAAUAGAUUAAUACCUUUAUGAAAACCAACUUUGUAAAGCAGCCAGGAAGCUAUUUAUGAUGUGUUUUAGUUGGGGUGGACCCAGUAAAGGUGUUACCUUACUGUUGCUUUUGGAUUCUCUCCCCACCCCCUCUGUAAUGGACCAGUAAGAUUACUUUGCAAAAUUGGUUGACAUUGAUCUUGCUGCUUUUUAUAAUUCACUAGGUUUCAUGGUUGGUAAGGAUUAUGAAGCUGGUGGAAUAGCAAAAGAUGGAGCCAAGAUGGUAACUGCUGUAGCAUGUGCCAAUGUGCCUAAAAUAACAGUACUAAUUGGAGGUUCCUAUGGAGCUGGAAAUUAUGGGAUGUGUGGAAGAGCAUAUAGGUAAGUAUGUGCCUAGAAUUAGUUAACUGUUAAAUGCAGUUGUGGCUCAGGCAGACUAUGCUACCUGUGUUUAUUCACUUUACACAGGUGAAUUAGUGAAUGUAUACAUUUGUAUGUCCUACUCAUUGUAUUAGAUCAUGUCACUUUGUAUGUGUAAUGUUGCAGUACCCUGGCACAGAAACUAAAAUAACCCUUCUUUAUAGCUAGAAAAACUUGAUAAAAAUUUUGAUGCUCACUGCAGGUAUCAAUAACUUAGAGUUUAUGGAUAAUUAAGCGGUAUAACAACUCUGCUAAAUGAAUUAAAUAAAUGGCAUCGUUAAGGAAAAUGGUGGAUCUUUGCAGCUUUCAUAUUAUGCAAAUCACAAUGACAGUAAAGAAGUUUAGGCACAUGAUAGAGCAGGUGUUUGAAACUCUUCCUCUCCCUAUGCCCCUCAAACAUAAAAUAAAAUUAGAAUAAUUCUGGAAUUUGGGGAAAAAGCAGGAGAUUUGUGCCCUGUGUUAGUUUGUUUUAUCUUUUUCAGCCCCAGAUUCCUUUUUAUGUGGCCAAAUGCUCGGAUCUCAGUUAUGGGAGGAGAGCAAGCUGCAAUGGUUUUGGCUACAAUAGCCAAGGACCGAAAAGCAAGGGAAGGGAAGCAGGUAAGUGUUUUCUGUUAUUGAUGUGGGUAAGAAGACAGGCAUAAAUCUGGGAAUGGGGCAAGGAGAGAGAUGUGAGAUUGAAGCUUUCUGGUUCUUGUUGUUGUCAUUCUAACCUAUGGUCUUAUGCAACCAGUGUGCAGUAUCACUUCUUAAUAUAUAAAAGUGUAGCUCUUGCAGACUAAAAUCCCACUUUCUUUCCAUAUCAAUCCACUAGCUAACUGAAGAGGAGGAAAAAACUCUCAAAGAGCCAAUCAUCCGGAGGUUUGAAGAGGAAGGCAGUCCUUAUUACUCUAGUGCACGGUAACAUGUAGAUUAUAGUUGCUAACAUGCUACGGUGUUUUGCUUCCACCCCCCCCACCACCCCCGCCACCACAACCCAAGGUGGUGGUGGUUAUGAUAAAGCUUAAGCUGCAAAGAUGUUGGAUUGUCACAAGGGUCAGAUAGGUAAUGCAUUACUCUUCCAUUAGCGGAACAGAGACUUGAUUGGAUCAGGCCCUUUAUUAUCAACUAUUUAUUAAACAUUGUUAAUGUGCAAAGUGUUCAGUCCUUUGCACCUACAAAAUCGGUAAAUAAUCAACACUCCGAUUUAACAGAUGAAAUAAAGGUAAAGGUAAAGGGACCCCUGACCAUUAGGUCCAGUUGUGGCCGACUCUGGGGUUGCGGCACUCAUCUCGCUUUAUUGGCUGAGGGAGCCGACAUACAUGUGGCCGGGUCAUGUGGCCAGCAUGACUAAGCCACUUCUGGCGAACCAGAGCAGUGCACGGAAAUGCCGUUUACCUUCCCGCUGGAGCAGUACCUAUUUAUCUACUUGCACUUUGACGUGCUUUCGAACUGCUAGGUUGGCAGGAGCAGGAACCGAGCAACAGGAGCUCACCCCGUUGCGGGGAUUCGAACCGCUGACCUUCUGAUCAGCAAGUCCUGGGCUCUGUGGUUUAAGCCACAACGCCACCCAUGUCCCUAACAGAUGAAAUACUGAGGUUCAAAUACAAUAACUCUAGUUAAGGCUAUUCCACAUACCUGAGGGCACUGGCGGAGGAAGUGGGGGGGGAUCGCACCGCCCCCGGCAGCACGUCUCGGUGGGGUGCCCUCAUGGCUGCCCCCCCUGGGCGCCACGCCCCCAGGAUGCGCGCCAGCCCCCGCCUGCUCCGCCACUGCCUGAGGGGGAUGUGAAGUCUGAUAACCAAGGAUCAAGCUUCAGUACUCUUAUUUACUAGCUGAAACUGGCUUUUCAUGAUCUGCUAGAGAUAAAUUUACAUGGAUCAUAUUGUUUUUUACUAGGCAUGAGGGCAGCCAGCAUCUCUCUUAAAAUUACUAAAGCAGAGUGUAUGUUUAUUACGUUAUUUAAAAGUUUUUAUUUAGUAAUAGUAGCAAGCCACAUCUUUCUUGUGAUAAUUCAAGAAACACAUUUGAAGAAUGCUAGAGCUUUUAUCUUCCAAAAAGCAAAUGAAACUGUUUACCACAGAGGAUAUAUUUUACUGGCAUUUGAAUUACCACCUUGUAAAUCUGAUCAGUCAGAUUUAUUAACAGGUGUUAAUAAGUGUGAGUUUAAACACAAAACUUCACUGUCUAUUAUUCAUUGUCCUACUGCCAACACCAAACAAUUGCAACAACCUGGGGCAAUCUUUUUUCUUGAGAGUUGACAUAGCAGGCUGUGUUGCAUGUUGUCGCUAAGCCAUUGUUUAGCAUUAUGAGAACAAACUGCAAUGAGCCUUGCAGGGCUUGCUUGCUCCCAUCUUCCCCUCUCCUGAUCCCAAACAACUGCAAAGAGGUUAAGGUCACAGCUUGCCAUGUUGUCUGAACCCAGACAAACUGUGACUAAUGUUAAAUAUACCUGGUUGCCAUAAUCCAUCUUAUUCAAACCACAGUCAACAUUGACUGUAGUUUUGCAGGGUUCAGAUGAUCGGCUAAAGCGCAGUUAUACUAAAGCAGUAAUUUCCUAUCUAUUGGCCAUUCCAGAGGAAGAAAAGAGCUUGCAAUCCUGAGGUUCACUACAAUUUGUUCUCAGAAUGCUAAACCAUGGUUUUAGCAUUAACAUCCAAAGGCAUCCAGCGUUUGUGAAUUACUCAGUUCUCACAGACUUAUCUAUAUAGUAGUAGCCUAUCUUGUACUCAUUGCUGUCAACUGGAAAUUCAUGGUCUUUGAUAUAGAUUGGCCUUAGCAAUAAAUACAAAUCUGGGUGAUUCAUCUCAGUUGCAAAAAUACGUGUGGUUAAACUGCUUGAGGACCUGGCUUUGUCUAGCUGUCACAAAAUUUCAUAUGUCUCCCCAGGCCAGAAGGGACAAAUAAAUACAUGUAUUUUCAUCUUUUAUUAUUGGAUUAUACUGCAGUCAAGAAAACUUCUCAUUGAACUAAUUACAUUAAAGAAAUUAUCAUCAGACUGUAUGUGCUUAAACCAAAUCCUUAAUUUGGAGGUAUUUUUCCCCUCUCUGUGUUCUCUUCUUGGAUAUAAUAACUGGAGGCCCUUUAUAAUUUUUAUACGUGUUAAAGGCCUGAAAAAUAAUUGGAUUUUUAAGCAUGCAGUAUGUGCAUAGUUGUGAUACAAGAAACAUCUGCCUUUCAGCAGAUGAUCUUGUAAGCAGUCAAUUGGUUAUUGGUUGUACAAAGGUUAUUUUAACUUUAGGCUUUUAAACUUGUCUCUAAUAAGAAAUGUUCAGUAAUUGUGAUGAAAAGGCUAAAAAUUAGAGGCAUUCCAUCAUUCUUUGCUUCUAAAUUUGAGAUCUUCAUGAGAGAACAUUUCAGACAUGUUUGGUCUGCCUCUACCUAUGCGGUGCUUGACCUUUUCAGUAAUAAAGUAUCGCUGUUGCUCUUCAGAUCCACCAUUAAAUUGCUGCAUUGCUAAAGUACUUGGAAAAAUAGGAUCUACUAAGAACAUUUCAUAUGCAACUUCAUUGAAAGGAAUAGGACUUACACAAGGGCACAACUGUGAUUGUAUAGAAUUUCCUGAUAGUUUGUAUCCACUGAUAUAAUUGGGCAUUCUGGAUUCGUUUUUUGAAUUCAGCUUCUUGAACUUUGUUGAAGGUACCUCUAAUGAUCCCCUGCUUGUCAUAAGCAAUGUUUUAGGUGGUAAAAGGUAAAGGACCCCUGGAUGGUUAAGCCCAGUCAAAGGCAACUAUGGGGUGCGGCGCUCAUCUCGCUUUUCAGGCUGAGGGAGCCAGCGUUUGUCCACAGACAACUUUCCAGUUCAUGUAGCCAGCAUGACUAAACCGCUAUUGGCGCAACGGAACACUGUGACGGAAACCAUAGCACACGGAAACGCUGUUUACCUUCCCGCCGCAGCGGUACCUAUUUAUCUACUUGCACUGGUAUGCUUUUGAACUGCUAGGUUGGCAGAAGCUGGGACAGAGCAACAGGAACUUACCCGUCGCACGGAUUUGAACUGUUGACAUUCUGAUCAGCAAGCUCAAGAGGCUCAGUGGCUUAGACCACAGCACCACCCGCAUGCAAUAAUUGGUAGCAAGAGCUCCAAAAGCCUGUUUUGUGCACACAAAUUAUAUGUACAGUACUUUAUACCCUAAGCAUUGAAAUAAACAUCCACCAAGUGGAAGUGGAAAUAUUUCCCCUUGACUAAAUUAAUCCUGGUGUUUCUAGUGGGUAAAAGUCUGUAUGCUUAAGUUCAAGAGGAAAAGCCAUCAUUGUCUCGAAAGACACUAGUCUGUGCUACAGGGGAGUCAGAACUACAGUGAGGCAAAAAAGGGGAAGCUCCUCCUCUAAACUCCCUUUUUAUUUUCCGAUCCACCACUGACUCCUUUGAUCCACCCUGGCUACUAUUAGCGCCUGUGUGGCAUUUUGCUGCUGCUCUGGCUUGCUGUAUGCUUAGGAAGUACUGUUUGUUUCAUAAGAAUAAGAUUAUUUCCCUCAGAGCUGCAAUAUCCAGUUCUUUUUGACAUCAACAAAAAGUUUUCUCAUUGAAUUUGUGACACAAAUCAGAAUGAUUUCUAUAAAAGUUAUUAAGAGAAUGCUAGAUUACAAAGUCAAAUAAAAGGAUUUUUUAUUGAUAUUAGUAUAAGGCCAAGUAUCUGAAUCUUGGACAAAUUGCCAGGAUCUGUGUGAAUCUGCAGUAGUGGAUCCAGUGACAUUUUUGGAUCGAGACCCUCAGAGAGCAAGGCCAAUUUGGUUUUUGUUUGACCCUCUUCUGGGUUAGGAACAGUGCAUGCUUAAGGGAGCUUUAUUCAUGAUUCCUAUGUCUGAGUCUCUGGAUCUAGUUCCCUGCAGCUGCUUUCGUAGAUCCCAGUCAGUGGAUUUGAAUUCUGUGCGUAGCACCCAACAAAUGACAUUUCUGCUUAUUUGUUGGGGAUUUUGGGGAGGCGGAUUCCAGUCUCCCCAUCACUUCUUCAGCGGAUGAUUGGCGGUAUUAACAGUGACAGUGUGCUGCAUGCAUGUGUGUAUAUAUUAUUUUGCAAAUCACUCUGUAUGUACACUCUGGUGUUUAUAUUGGCACUGUGAUCUUUGUACUAUAAAAUUGGGACUAAGGCGGCAGAACAGUGCAUUUUUUAAAAAUGGAGGCACAUUUCUUUAUUAGCUCUGCAUAUAAAUUAUAUCUCAUUCUGCAUACAGGAUGUCACUAGUCUGCUCCGUAGUUGUAUUUCCUCAUCAAACGUGCCUGACUAGAACCUUUCACAUGCAGAGGUCUUAAUUACCAAGAGUCAUUAGCCAGACAUCUUUUUAAUGAGCUAGAUUAAUCUGCUUUCAGGUCUCUAAAAGGAGUUUAAUCAGUUUACCUUGUAACAAAUGACACGAGCAGCUUUCUUCCCAAGCCUCUUUUUCUUGCAGAGGCCCUGUUAUGAAUUUUUUACAAGCAGAGAUAUGAUUCAUGGUCUCGCCAUGGGGUUUGAUGGGUUGCUCAAUAAUUAAUGCUUUGUACUGUUACAGAAGGCAGUUUUCACUAAACAAAGAUAGGAAGCCACAGUGAUUUGGAGAAAGUAAUCUUUUAUCUUACGGUAAAAAAUCUUUCAAGUUGCCAAUAAAAAUUCUAUUUGCCAUAUCAAAAUUGUGUUCUACAGAUUUAAAGGAUAUUUUUCUUGUUAUAGUGCUUUUUUUAAAAAGCCUAGACUUGGGCCAAUAAGAUUUUCUGAAGAAGUGUGCAUGCACACGAACGCUCAUACUAAUAACAAACUUAGUUGGUCUCUAAGGUGCUACUGGAAGGAAUUUUUUAAUUUUGUUUUGACUAUGGCAGACCAACAUGGUUACCUACCUGAAACUAAGAUUUUCUUAGAAUACAGUCGUGGUCAGUGUUUUUAUUUUAUUUUGAUACCUUGUCUAGAAUAUCAAAAUGUGUGUUUUUUAAUUCUGAGUGAGGAAUUCAUCUUUGGCUUCUAACAGGACCCCCAAGAGGCUAUAGUGAGGUUAAAGCCAGAGGGAUAAGGUGUAAUUGAAAAUUCAAAUGAAAAGUAAGGGCAAAGCAGGUUUUUUAAAGUCCUUAAAACUACCAGGCAGAAGUAACUAUGCCAAAAGCAUCCUUGAACAAUAUGGUUUUUAUAAGGAGUCUAGAACUGUCAUCAAGAAAAAGCCAGCCAAGGUUCCCAGGGCAAUUCACAGCCUUGGAAUCGUGAAUGAGAUGUGCGUCAUACCCACCAACUCUUCAGGUGCUGGUGAAAUUUGUAGCAGAUCCUCUAUUGAAAACCUGAGCAGAAGGAUAGGAUCGUGGGAGGAUUGCAUUUUAAGUAUCCUGAUCCCAAACAAUUGAAGGCUUUAAAGGUCAUAGCCAGCAUUCUGAAUUGGGCUUGGAGGUGGACCAGGGACCGAUUUAGAUGGUACAUAAUUCACCAAGACAUGUUACCAAUCUAGCAACCACAUCUGCAACAGCAAUCCUGGCCCUAGACACACCUUAGACAUUUAGAGCAAAGCAAAGCUGGAUCCGUGCACACUCCCAAACUGCAAACCUAGUUCUUAAGAGUAUUGUUCAACCCCAUCCAAAGUGGGUAUCAAUUAUUCCCAACCAUACAGUAGUGCCGCUAAGUAAUUUAGACUCUGUUUUGCUAGUCUUAAGAUCCCUCACUUUAAAUGCUAGUGUGUUGUUCCUCCACCUACUUCAAAGUGUCGUAAGCCAGUCCUGCAUUUGGGGGCUCCCCUCAUUCUGCCCUGGACUUUUGCUCCCCAAUCCUUCCCUGAUAUCAACACUCCAAACAAACUUUAUAUUUUAAAAAUUCAGGCCAUUGACAUAUUAAAGAAAAGUACUAUCUUCUUGUGUUUCUACCAUAAGUUAAUUAGAGAAAGAUGUGGCUAAAGGACAUUUGUAUUUUAUUUUAUUUUUAAAGCCAGAAGCUAAAAGAUAAAUGAAAAGGAGCUAAGAUGCAGUAGCACAUUACAACAGAGAGAGCAUGCUGCUUGGAAAUCUCACAUCUAGUAAUGCUAAGUUUGAAUAAUCUUUUAAGGAGCUUGAAAAAGGUCAAAGAACAGCUGUUAUGAUUGUAAGUGUAACAGGCGAAAGCAAACUAAGGCCAUCUCCAAGACCUGAUGGGGUUAGGCUGCCAUAAGUAUGUUUUCAUGUACAAAUGAAGUUUGGUUUGUCCUGUUCUUUAGGAAUAUUAACACUCCAGAAGCGGGCUGCACGUUUUCUGCAUAAUUAGAUUUAAAAAUAUAAUCUUCAGACAAUAAACAGUUGAAGGCUUGGUUCUUUAGAGAGAGGAAAAUACCCUAUUCUAACCAUUCAGUUCCGACUGCUUAUUCGCAGAUGAAUGUUCUAAAGCACUUGUUUUCCAGAUGGCCUGCUCUCUCUUAUUUCCUGCCCUCUAAAAUAAUAAUCAAAUAAAAUUACUUGAGUGAUCUGUAUGAUCAGUUUGUUUAUUGACUUUGCAACUGGCUAGUACCUACUGGCUUCCACACACUCGACAUAAAUCUAAAAUUUAAAUGAAUGGAUGUACUCAGCAUUGGGAUAGAGUGCUUUUGUUACCUUUUUUUAGUUUUGAAUCCAUUGCUUUAAGGCAAUUUGUUAUGACUUGGAUUAGUUUCCAUUAGUUUCCAUUCUUCAACAAAGAAGAUUAAUGAAAUGAUUGUUGGCAGAGCUUUACAAAGAAAUGUCUCACCACUUUCUCUAUCUUUGAGUUGAAUAUGAAAACCAUAUUUAGUUGACAUUUAAGCCCAGUAAUUAGUCAUAAUUUACAUUUCCUCUUUAGAGAACAGAUAUUGUAAAAGUGUGUGUGUGUGUGUGUGUGUGUACAUGAGUACAUGCUGGAGGAGGCUUGAAAGUGUUUCUUUGGAUUGUGCUCUAUAUGUGUGGGAUAGCUUAAUACAAAACUGAAUAGUUUUGUUUAAAUUCUGUUGAAUUAUUAUUUAUUAUUAUUAUUAUUGAAUUUAUAUAACGCCCUAUUGUUUUGUGUUAACCGCUUUGAGAUUCUUGUUACGUGUGUGUGUGUUUAGAGUAUAGUUGUCAGAAGGGGUGACCAUGCCUGUGAUUCGCAUCCAAUUCUUGCACGAAAUUAAAAAUGUAGAGACUUUUCCUUUAAAAGAUUCCCUGUAUGGAAGCUCCUGGAUAGGUCUGCCUGAAAUUCAGAAGGCUUUAUCCUCUAAAAGAGGGGCUUCUUUGCAUGCAGAUUUCAUCCACAUGUGGAAAAUAAAAGUUGUACCCCAUUUUGGAUUUUCCUCUUACAGACAGUGGUGGUGAAACAGCUUCAGAUUUAAAAGUUCAGAUUUUGGCCUGAAUAACAAAUCAAAACAGAUCUGAAAUGUGCUAUUUCCACAUUCUGCAGAUACAGGUGAAUGUUGUGGUCACUGCACACCUUUAGCUUUUAUGUUGAUAGGGUUGUUGUUGUUGUUGUUAUUUCAUUGUAAUUUGGAACUACAGUGGAACUACAAUAUGGAAAAGUUGCAUUCUCCUCUGUUACAUAGUUGUCACUUUUGGUUUUUUUGGUUUUCUAAUGGAAAUAUUGGUUAAAUAUUGAAUGACUAACAGGAUCUAUAGCAGUCUCAGGAUGGAAUCAUAACUGAAUAGAACCCAUUGGGAUGCUGUGGCCUUUAAAUGUAGCAAAGCUACAUAUGUGGGAGUCACAUGGCACAGUGCAGAUUCUACUAUAGUCUACUGCUCAUGUAGUGUCACUUCAAUGCUACUACUAGCAAAAUGUAGUUAGGUACUAUGCUAAAGUUUCCAUUUAUUGCUUAUUAAACUGAAAUAGCUUUCUGUGUCACUUGCAGUAAAAAUGUAACCCUUUAUUUUUGCCUUUUAUUUCUCAGUCUGUGGGAUGAUGGAAUUAUUGACCCGGCUGAUACAAGACUGGUUUUGGGUCUCAGCCUGAGUGCUGCACUCAAUGCGCCCACCCAGAAGACAGAGUUUGGAGUUUUCCGAAUGUGAUUUGGAUGGUCUGGCAGUGGCACCUCUGGAUUAUUAAUAUUAUUUUAAUUAACAAAUCGAAAAAUAAAAUGGUCUAAAAGAAUCAGUAUAUCAAAUAAAGAUUUGUUCAAUACUGUAG